GUCUCGGUCUGCCAGUCCCAUGAGAAAUGGCGGAUAAUUUGUCUGCUAAAGUGAAAUAUUUAUUGGUUGAAUCGGACAAUAGUUAUUCAUCAGUCUUAUCGCCUCUUAAAUCAACUCAAAGAAUUAAGUAUACCUGUUUUGAUGUUUCUCCGAGUUUUCUGGUGUUUGGAGCGACCAGUGGAGGUUUAUAUGUCUUUAGACGGGAACCUUGUACAUUUCUCCAGUUAUUGCCAAAUAAGGAAGGCGCAGUGAACAGAGUAGCUAUAUCACCGGACGAGAAGCUAAUAGCGUUUGCGUCUGUCCGUGGGAUAGUGUGUGUGUUACAACGGGCAGAGACAAGCACGAGCACACGAUGUCUGAACCGCUCAGUGGAGCACUCGGGCACUACGGUGACAGCAAUCUGCUGGGUAGAUCACAGCGAUCAGGUCUUCGUAGGCGACAAUCAGGGUCGCCUCUCCGUCAUCAAGGUUUCUCUUUUUAUGAGCAAAAACAUGUUUCACGUGCCAGCUUUUGUGUUCAUGCAAGUACAAAGUGCAGUGGUGAGCAUAUGCUGUCGUGAGGAUCGACUGCUUGUGUCCACAUACUCCCGGUGCUAUGUAUGUGACACAGCACGUGAACAGUAUCGCCAGGUCGGUACCAAGCUGCGUGACGGAGAGUACGGUGCUUGCUACGUGCCCUCGGACCCAGUUCGUAUAUUUUGUGCACGGCCCGGCUCACGGCUCUGGGAGGUAGACGAGGAGGGUGUGGUACAGAGAACUCAUCAGCUGAAGCAAUUGCUGGCCCAGUCACCUGUCCUCGUGGUGCACCAUAGCCGAGGUAUAAUUGCGCCACAGGAAGGAUUGAAAUGGCCAGAGCAGUCUUUUAACUUUGCUCAACUCUUAGUGGUGCUGGAUAAGUUCCUGUUUACAUUCAAGCAAGACGGAAUAUACGUGAUUGAUCCCGAAAAUGUCGAUAUUGUUUUGUGGUCUGACUGCUACAAGGACAUUGUGGAUGCUAAGUGUAUCGGUGAUAUCAUCUAUGUGUGGACACAAUCACAGGAGAUCCAUGCCUUGCAGAUCACACCACUGGAUAGGUGUUUACUUAAACUCUAUUUCUAUAAACAUUACGACUUGUGUUCAGAGCUAUGUGUUCGUUUUUCUGCGUUAAUCGUUCAGUCACCGGAAAUUCUUUCAAAACUGGGCCCAUUAUUGGGUCUGAAAGAGAUGCUAAAAGAUAAUAUUAGUAAUGAGUUGAAAGAUUGUUUAAAACAAAUAGAAAUCAACACCAAAGAAAGAGAGUUUUCUCUUCGCUUAGAAUCAGGAAUAUUUCUAGUUGACAACCAUCAUGCUCGGUGGAAACUAAUUGAAAGAAGCAAAAGUAUACCGAAGAAUAAUCAAAGAAAUUUGAAAACACGUAGUGCGAGGUCUCGUAGUUUACCUCCGAAUAACAACAAUAGGAAAGGGAGGCAAGAAAGUCCAAAGAAAAUUUCACAAGUAUCUCGCAAGACUUCAGCUUCUACCAACUCUCUGCCAGAACUUUCAAAGAGAAUUGAGCUUGAGGAAACAGAAAAAGUGUCAAAUAAUAGAAUUAAACCAUCAAAUAAGGAUCUUGACCAGUUACUUGACAAAACAAACCAAGAUUUUAUUGUUCCUCAGAUACCAUUCUUUCCCUUAUCGUCACCAGAUCUAAUUCAUGACGCUCUAAUUGAAAUAGGGAGUAGUGUGUCCGGCAAGUUAUUGAGUGGGACCAAGUCUCUGCUGGAUAGGUGGCAAAAAACAUCUAAUGAUUCUCAGGAAACUUUUGAUUUAAAAACUGGUACAUAUAUAGAAGAGAAUCGGUUAGACAACCCAGUAGAAGUUGUAGAAGAGGUGAUUGUUGAAGAUUUAAAUAAGCGAAAAAAUGUACACCAGAGUCUACCCAAAAUAGAUGUUAGUGAGUUAGUAGCCAUGUGUAAAAAUCCAGCAUCUGAAGUCACAAUCCAACUUCUAGAAGAACUUCUGGAUAAAGUCACUCGUGUUUGUUCUGUUUAUAAUGAACUGCUAGUCAAUAAGAAAUCAAAGUACAUCAAAGGAGUAUUCCCUUUUAGUCAUUAUAUGAGUAAGGAUAAUUUUCUAGUCAUUACAAGUUGGUUUCACAAAUCAUUUAAAAACGGAGCUAUUUUACAAUGGCUCUAUAAUCAACAAGGAAAUUCAAUUAAGGAAGAGACGUGUGAGCAUCCUGUAGUGCUACAAGAUGUGUUCUCAGUUGAGUCACUCCAGCUGGAUUCUGCACUGAGCAGGGUCUUGAAAGUUUUCUCUGAGGUUUUAGAUCCGUGUAGCAUAAUGGAGUGUGUGGAAUCUCUAGGCCUGCCAUGUGUGUACUUGUCUUGGUGUGUGAUCAUCGACCGUUUUCAAGAAGGCACAUUCAGAUACAUUACCAAACACGGAGAGUCAGAUAAUAUCAGUUGUGCCGACUGGCCCAUGCCUCUGUUACUCAAUGCUAUGUUUUUAUCUUUCCGGCUGGAACAGGUCGACUCUAGUUUCAGGAUGGGGACCACGCAAUGUGUGGCAUUGAAGACUAUUUCUUAUAUCUUGCUGAAACUCGUAACUCAUCUUGAAGUCACCGGGAAAACUAAGUCAGAUGCAGAAAACAUAUGUAACAAUUUGCUUCUGUCCUAUAUCUCAAAAAUGGUGAGUAAAAAAUGUGAACUCUCUUUAAACGACAUCGGCCUUGUUUCUCACAUAGAAUCUGCUUUUAUUCAGGUGAAUGCCAAGUCGGGUUAUGGCACUUGUCACUGUGCCUUCCCUCUCCCAGGUGUCACUGUAAGUACUGCCAAAUUCUCAGAAAUCGGUGAAAGAUUAAUAUCUUAUCACUGGGAGGUCUUCAGGCAUAAAAUCCCCUUAAAUGGUGUAAAACCAGACCUACUUUCUCACACAUCGAGGAAAAGUGAUUCCUCUGUUGUCGUGUCUCCAUUGGGAAAUGAUACUUUCAGAAAAUUUUUUGAGGAAAAGAGUGAAAUACAUGAGUCUAACGAUGAAGAAUCCAGAAGGAACUCGUGUACAGAAUCAGAGUACUUAAGACAUAUAAUGAAGAUUUGUAGUGUAAGUUCGAGUUUGCUCUUGUGGACGUUAAGGAAUAAAGCGCCUAACGAAGGUAACAACAAUAUAAGCUUGGUACUGGUAAUUCAGUUAGGUCUGACCUCAGAGUUUGAGAAGUUGAUGGACUGUGAUGAUGAGAAUUGGUGGGAGAAUAUUGUAGUGAUGAAUGCUGAUGUCAAGAGAGGAAAAUGUGGAGCGUGUCACACCCAGUGGGCUGCAAACCGCAAGGCUGGUUUCCAGUGGACUUGGCUGGCACUUAUGAUUUUGAAGCAGCUCGGUUCCAAAAAAACGGUCAACAUAUUGAAGAAAUAUUCAAAGGACAUCCUCCCUGGAGAACUAGACCAAAAGUUCUACCAAGCCUGUGUGGUGACUGGGAUGGUGGACAGUAGAAAGGCCGGUCUCAGAUCCAAGGUGCUGGACAUCUUACAGCGGAUAUCUGACUCCAGAACGCAACGUGCAGUUAUGGCUCCGCAGGUCGGAGCUAAGUUAAAAGCUGCGUUGGAGGAGGAUGGCUGUAUGGUGUCAAUCGACAACAUGGUCAGUUUGUCCAACCACCACUGGGGGGCGGCCGUGGACCUGACGGGGGGAGACUGUGGGCUCUGCUCGCUCAGUCUCGGUGAGCCGCGCCUGCUUUGUGACGUUGGGCUGCGAGUGUUCAUGUGCUCGCACGCAUUCCACAACGUAUGUCUCCGAGUGGCACACUCCUUACUCUUCUGUCCUCUCUGCGCUCGAUAAAAUGCUCAAAUCUUCUGUUUCUUUUACUUUUGUAGUGUUCUAUACACUAUGUUUUAAAUAUUUUUACAUAAAUAAAUUUUUAAGAGUAAUUUUUACUGUGUAGAUUAAUUUUAGUAACUAUUUAAGAAAGCGAGACUUCCAAUGCUUAGUUCAUAAUUUAAACGGGCCUAAAGUUCAUAAUUUAAUUUUGACAUUUUUUUGCUACUGAGAUGAUGUUACACUUGUGUUGUUAGUAAAGUUUUUUUACUUAAUUACUGUGUCAGACAAAAAUAGAUAAUUUAAUUGGUGGCUUCUAGCAAUUAGUUAAGAAUGGAGUUCUUCUGGUUCAAAACCUCGGUUGAAUGAAACGUUCCUGCAUGCACACUUGCCACCUCGUACUACAUUGCUCAAGUAAACUAUCGGGAUUCUAUGCAAUUUCACAAUUUAUUACAAUGAGAAACAUACUUGUCAAACAGUGUUCUUUUAAAAGUGUAGUAUAUUAUAAAUGAAUUAAAUGUUUCUGCUCUUUAUAGUGAUUUUUCUAACUAUAUUUUUUAUAAUAUUUCAUCUUUCUUAAAGGUGCUAUCUUGUAUUAUUAGCUUGUUUUAGUUUCAUUAUAUCCAAUUUUUAUGUAUAUUAAAUAAACAUUAAGUUUUGCAAUAUUUUAAAAUCACAUGUUACAUUUUGAUGCAAGUUAAUAUAUACAGAAUUCAUAUUAUGGCAUUCAGGAGAAGAUUUUCAGUUAUCAAUUAGCAAAAGAUGCUUUUUAUAUUUUUAAGCAAACCUAACAUUUUGUCAAUAAUAUUGAUUCCCAAGCAUAGAAUUGAACAACAAUGUAGAUAUAAAAUAGUCCUUAGAAGUAAUAAUUGUAUUUUAAUACAACAAUAUUUUAUUUUAUUAAAUUGGCAUUAUUUAUCAUUAGAAUGCAACUUCCUCACAAUAGAGAAAUGUAUCUAUAAUAAUGUGGAUUGUGAUCUAAAUAUGAAACCUCCUGUGAAGUGGUCAUCAGUGUGCAUUAUAUGUGUGUGAAUAUACAAUUGUAUGCAAUACAAUAUCUAUUAUUUGGUUCAAUGUAAGAUGAGAAGGUGUAUUAUGUCAUUUUGGAUUAUUUGAGUGGUUAAAUAUAUUCAGAUGCAAAACAGUUACUUGCAACAUAAAGUAAAUAGAAGAAAUGACGUUAAAUAGCCUAAUUUAUUUCCAAUAAGAGUUUGUGUCACCUGAA